GUUUGUACCUUUGCCUUAGCGCUACAAGGCGAGUGCCGAGUAGCAAACUGUGCAUGUUUAUUUACGAAGGCAUUUAAAUGAUAUCCAGGUUAUACGGCGCAGAUUCAGAUAAUGCCUCUUUAAAGCGAAAGAGGCAAAUUGACACACUGAAAAUCUUCAACGCUAAUGUAACAGAAGUGCACGCCGAUGUGGAAUAUCGUGUGGACUUUGUCUCAGGAGACCACCAGAUGGCUCUGCACGUGAUAUUAGGACCAGAGUUUCCCUUGGAGAAACCCAUUCUCCGUGUCGUGCCUGCUGUCAGUCACCUUUGGGUCAACGAGACUGGAGAAGUUGUCGGUGCCCCGGGUCUUAUAAGUUUCACAGUACAUUCUGACCUCGGUCGUGUGGUACAGGCCAUUAUUCGAGAGUUCGAGAAAAACCCUCCACCCCUUGCAGCUAAUAUCAACAUUCCAAAUUCGAUGCUCACUGGAGGUGCCCCCGCGAUUCCGCCCGCACUGUCCACUGCUCCGCAGCCGCAGCUGCAGCUGCCGCCGGAGCCGUCGGAGCUGCGAGACCUGCUAGCAGGCAUGUCCGUGGCGGAGCUGGAGGAGCUCCGCCGGGACGGGCCAGUCGCUGACGACCGCCUCGCAGAGCUGGUUUCCGACCUGCCACCGCUUCGCAGGAUGGAGCAGCAGCGCGACCAACUCGUCGCUGGGAUUGUCGCUCUCGCAGAAUCGAACCUGUCCAGGCAACCUGAACUACAGGCAGCCAGAGAGGCCGUCCGGGCCAAGGCAGAGAAGGUCUCCGCAUUGCGGGCACGCUUCGAGGAACUGGGUGUCGAACACAGACGACUCGCGGAGCGGUACGCGCCAGACAAUAUAAGGGAGACACUCUGCCUGGCGGCCCAGCAGAGCGACGAGGAAAGCGACGCCGUGGCGGAGGCCUUCCUCUCCGGCCGUGUCGACGUCGAGCGCUUCGCGGCUCAGUACAUCAGGAUACGCGCGCUGAGCCACGAGAGGAAGACGAAGGAGGAGAAGCUGCAGAGCCAGCUGAGGGAGCUGCAGAGGGCCGGCUAUUGACGGGUGACGGGGCAGCGGCAGACUACUGUCACCACUGUCGCUAUUUUUGUUAAUUAUAAUAUUCAGUUAUUUAUAUGCAAA